AUGGCGUCAAAGGGGGUUCCUCCUCAGCAGCAGUCGGCGGAUGGUUUGGCAACGGAUGAUCAGGAGCCUAGGGCCCGGGCCGAUGAGAUUCCUGAGCUGCGGCGGGGAUGCAUGAUCCCUCGGGGUCGGUAUCUAGCUAGUGACCUCCCGCCUCUGCAUACGCUGACAGAAAUCUUCGCUGACAUGGCAUCGAACGCCCUGAAAAUGGGAUUCGAGCAUGUCCUCAUUCGGCUCGGCAGUCGACCACUGAGGGUGGCGACAAUGUGCUCAGGAACGGAAGCCCCGCUUCUGGCCCUGGAAUUGAUUCAGACGGGUUUGGCAGAGACCCAGCAACUUCGGAUCUCGCACGCUUUCAGCUGCGAGAUUGUUCCGUUCAAGCAAUCAUAUAUUGAACGGAACUUCCGCCCCCUAUCCUCUUUCGGGACAUCACCGAACUUGGAGGGGACGAGGCGUAAGCGGACCGCCUACGGGUCAUCGGAACUGAUUCCCGGUGACCUCGACAUUUUAGUUGCUGGAACUGCCUGUGUCGAUUUCUCUCCGUUGAACAACCGCAAGAAGACGCUGCAGCAAGGCGGCGAGUCAGGAGCUACGUUCGACGGUCUCUUGCGGUACGCGGAGAGAUAUCGACCCCGAAUGAUCGUCCAGGAGAAUGUUCGGAAUGCGCCCUGGGAUCAGAUGAAGGGAAAGUGGGAGGAGCUCGGAUACUUGUCGGUUUGUGUCAAUGUCGACACAAAGCAUUACUACAUCCCGCAGACACGCGAGCGCGGGUACAUGGUGGUUAUUGACAAGCGCCGCUUGGAAGCAGCGGGCCUGCUUGGAGACUCCAUGGACCAGAGUGGCAUUGACACUGUCACUCAACGCGUUCGUGAGCUCGCUGUCCGUUUCAAGCGGCCAGCAAGUGCGCCGGUGGGUUUGUUCUUGCUGAGUGACGACGACCGCCGACUCGAGCUCAUCGAGUCGAGAGCCCGCCUUGAGUCCCGAAGCGAAACAAGCUGGGACCAGUACCAGAUUCGUCACCAACGGCACCGUGACGAACUGGAACUAGGCAUCGAGAGGCCAAUCACUCGAUCCCUGCCCGGAAUCAAUGACCUGAAGGCACCGGACUUCUAUUGGCAUCGUUUCUGGAAGACACAGCCGGAGAGAGUGUGGGAGACCGUGGAUAUGAAUUUCUUGAAGAAGAUGCUUCAAGAAUAUGACAUGAACUUCAAGGAGCGUUGGAUCGACUUGUCUCAGGGAGUCGAUCGAGGGAAUGACAGCCUUGCUGGGUCUGGGAUCGCAGGGUGCCUGACGCCAAAGGGCAUCCCAUUUGUGACCACCCGCGGGGGCCCCGUAUCUGGCACGGAAGCCCUUUCAUUACAAGGUCUGCCCCUCGAUCGAAUGCUACUCACGAGAGAAACCCAAGCCGAUUUGAUGGACAUGGCAGGAAAUGCAAUGACGAGUACGGUCGUGUGUGCAAUCAUGCUAGCUGGUCUGAUAGCCGUGCAUGAGAUUCUUGACGACGGCGAGGAGGGCUCAACCAACCCCGGCGACGCGGAGGUCAAGUCUCUUCUCGUUCCCAGCGAGGUCCACAGCCUCGUGAGAAGCAGCCUCCAAAUUGCCGAAGCCCUCCUCGUCGACCAUGCUGUUCUCAAAGCCAAGGCAGUGAGCAGCGUUCUUUGCUGUUCCUGCGAGAGACAGACUGGGGUUCAAGAUUCAAUUUAUAGUUGCACACUCUGCGGACAUACCGCUUGCAAAUCCUGUCGUGGAAAUCCCACGCAUUCGUAUCUGCAUGUCUCUCCACUUUCUCGACAAAAGCCGUCUGAGUUUAUAGCGAAAAUAAAGGGACUUGUUCCCAUGAAGCUUAUGCUGUCUGGUUUGUCCGAAUUGGACUUUGAGACGUUUAAAACCCUGUACCCCACGAACAACCUCCCCCAGUUUUGGCCCGACUUUAUUCUGUGCGCCAAGGCAGCUGUGCACGACGUUUUUCGGUUUUUCGAGAUCAAGCGCGGAAGGAAAUGGCGAGUCGUUUACGACGGCACGCACUCCAGCUUGUUCCUUGAUAUCGGUCCGGACUCCAUCCAAUGGCUUUUGUACGCAAAGCCCCCCCAAGUCCGCAAGCACAAGAAGCGUCAUGCGAGAAAUGCUAGCCAAGCCAAUUGCCAGAAUGAGUCCCACCUCUGGGUCAUUUCUGGCCAAGGAGACCAGGUUCGAUCAUACCAAUCCGAGUGUGGUCUCAAAGGUGCUAGAUUUGUUGAUGGAAAAGUUUGGGAUAGUCUAUUUGUUGAAGGAUCCGAUCAAGAUAUCCAAGCUCUUGACCUCGACGUCCGAGGAAUCUACCAAUUCCUCCCUGACUGUGGAACAGCGCUUGACUGGACCCCCGAUGAAGAUGCCUGUGUGUUUGCUAUUGACCACAGCCGCCUUCCUGGAUAUGAUGUGAGAAUUACGAUCGCCGAGUUAUCCUCCUCUUGGCGAUCAUUGAAUGUCACCUCGGAUUCGCAAGAUGUGAAAGCUUUCUGUCGUCGAUGGGCCAAGGCCCCCGAAGCGCAGUUAAAACAUUGUCCUGCCGAACAGAUUACCCUCCGCACAUUGCAACAAGGAAUCCAAGUCUCAAUUGAAAACCAGAACUGUCAUAAUGCUUGUAUCACCCUCACCUCGCUGUCAGCAACAACAGCAAUUCUCAACCUGCCCGACGCAAAUUCCGAUUGGCAAACCUGGAAUCCCGAAGUUUCUAUGAGAGAAUUGAAAGGUCUCGCCUGGUUGUUCCCUAAAAUUGCCGCGUGGUCUGACUUCGAAAACUGGAGCGAAAUCAUUCGUCCAGGCUGUUCAGAUCCUGACCAUUCUACAAAUGGCAAUUGCAACACCUGCAACCCGCCCACCCCCAGUAUUCUUUGGGGCCGCGACAACAAAGACCGAAUCAUCCCAUACGAGAAUCCCCAGGACGCUGCUGUUUAUGAACGCGCCAUCAAGAACCGGCCCUCUCCAUUCUUGGUCUUCAGACGAAUCAGCGAACAUGGAGACGCUGAAUUGCGUUUCACCCUCAAUGUUCAAGCUCUGACGCACCAGGCACAUGGAAAAUUGGUUGGUACCGCAAGCCGUGAGACAGUAACAUCUCAUUGGCGACUUCUCCCCCAUGCGUACGACAUGGGUCAAAAAGCCUCUGGCAGGUUUACUCUGAAGAACAAUGACAACGAUAGUCCCUCGCCACAACCUCCCAACUUCAAGUUCCAGCUACGUGAUGAACAGCUUCGAUCAUUGAGCUGGAUGAUUUCACAAGAAGCAAAAGAUAUGGAACCAUUCAUGGAAGAGGAGGUCGAAGAAUCCAUCCUCCCUUUGAUGCCCUGGCGCGCUGAAGUCAAAGCGACAAUGCCAAAAGUUGUUCGCGGUGGCGUGAUAGCCGACGAGGUUGGAUAUGGAAAGACGGCUAUUGUUCUUGGUCUCAUCGACGCGCAGUACGAAAAUGACUGCAAGUUCCCCGUGGAAGACAACGGGCUCAUUGCAACAAAUGCAACCCUGAUCAUUGUCCCCAACAACGUCUUUAAGCAGUGGGUUUCGGAAACCAAGAAGUUCCUCGGAGGAAAAUACAAAGUAUUGGCGAUAUCGUCAAUUAGCAAAAUCACUAUCCGGGAAGUCCAAAAUGCAGAUAUCGUUGUUUUGUCAUGGAGUAUCCUGGCGAAUGAUGCAUACUAUAGUCGACUUCAACAAUUUACCGGAACACCACAGGCUCCUGCAAAAUCGAGCGGAGGAACAGGUCGAAAUUUCGAUAGCUGGUUCCACGACGCUCGUGCUUCCUUGCGGGAGUCUGUUGAUAUAUUGAAAACAAAAGGGCCUGAGGCGAUGCUCCAGGAUUUGGAGGCCAGACGUCGCCGAGUUCAAGAGACACAGGCCGACUUCACUUACGUGCCCUCUCGACGCCUCCGUGGCCAGGCAUUUGCUAAUGCUAAUAAUGGUCGUGACGAGUCUAAGACAGGAGCAGAAGAGGAUUUGGAUUCUGAGUCUGACUCGGGUUUCGAGGACUUUGAUGCAUCUGAUAUGAGACACUCGACCGGAACAGCGAGUUCUGUGGGCCAGCGGAAGCGGAGGCACAGUGAGAAGAAGUCAGUGGAAGGCCCAGGAGGAAAGCGACAAAAGCGCCCGUUAACGGACCUGGCAGAAGUGGCUGAUGACAAAAAGAAACGUGAAGCCAAAUCCACAGUCGUGAAAGAUGACCGCAAGGACUUUGACAUCAAAAAGACCGCCAACCAAGACUGGCACACUGUCAAGGCCGCAUUCAUCCACGCAUUCAGCUUCAACCGUUUGGUCAUCGACGAAUAUACAUAUGCCGGAGAAGACAAACAGGCCUCCCUGCUCUCAUUGCAAGCACGCUCCAAAUGGAUCCUUUCUGGAACGCCAGGACUUGAUGAAUUUGCCGACAUCAAGAGUAUUGCGCGUUACCUUGGUCUACACCUUGGUGUGGACGACGAUGGCGAUUGCGAUAAACCAACACAGAACAGCAGACUACGAAACAUCCGGAAAAAUCACACAGCUGUCGAGGCAUUCCAAUAUUACCAGGCACCCCACAGCAACGCCUGGUACCAAAACCGCCGAGAACAUGCUCAAAGAUUCCUGGACCGGUUUGCGCGUCAGAACAUCGCACGCAUCACACAUAUUCCGUUAACAGAGAACCUUGUCAUCACCGAACAGUCACCUGCUGAAAAGACAGCGUACGAUACGUUGUUCCGAGCUGUCAAAGAAAACAAGAGACGAAUCCCCGGUCCCCUGAGCGCCAUCUUAUCCAAGAGCCAGCUACCCCAAGAGGCCCUCAUCAUGUCCUGCGUCACCAGUCAAAUCGGACAGCCUCCAUGGAACCUCGAGAAGUGCCUCAAAGGUUCAAGGAACGACAGCAUCAAAUCCACCGAGAUUUGGACCAAAGUGGACUUGCUCACUCGACAAGCAGCGACUGUUUGGUAUCGUGACAUGAAACAUACCGAUCCAAACGACUGGCAAGACGCCCUGAAUGGCAUUGCAAAAAUUGACUUCGGCGAUGCAGAACUCAACAAGCGAUUCAACCAGCUCUUAGAGAGGAUAAUCCGCUCAUACAACGAGUGGAAACUUGCCCCAGCACACCAGUCAAUCGAUGGUUUGCUCAAGGAACGAUUCAACAAGGCACUGAACGCGAAGGUCGGCAACACAGCCACUGGAAGAGAUCCUCCUAAAGCCACAUCUGGAGGAACUAACGAUAAAUCUUCCAACUUGAUUUCGAUGGCUGUCGAAAAAGCCUUGUCCGCCGAGAUCACUUCUCACUUGAAGCAAGUCCUCGAGAUUGACCGGGAAUACCGAUUCUACGACCACCUGGUGGCAAUCCAAACCUUUGGAACUCCGCCAUGCCAGGGAUGUAAGAGCGAUUUGCAAGAUAAAGAAGAUUUCAAUGUCCUGAAAACCUGCGGUCACGCCCUCUGCAAAAAUUGCACUGCCGCCGCUAUCACCAAACCACACAAACCCUGCCCCAUCACUGGAUGCAGCGGCCAAAUUGUCCAAUCCAAGAUCGUGCCGGGUGAGAUCCUCGUCAGUGAAGACCAAGGAAUCCAGAGCUCCAAGCUCAACAAGCUUGUUGACAUUGUCCGCAAUGUCCCCGAGGACGACCUUGUUCUCAUCUUUGUGCAAAUCAGCCACUUGUCAUCCGUGGCAUCGGAUGCCCUCAAAGCUGCGAACAUUGACCACCGCAUGGUCACGCAGACCAACUUGAAAGGAAUCGCUGAGUUCAUUGAGGCUCCCAAACCAAAGAAGGGCACAGACCAAGUACCUUCCAGGCCAAAGGCUUUGAUCUUGAAUCUCGGAAGUUCAAUGGCGGCCGGACUAAACCUCCAAUGCGCAAAUCACGUCAUCUUCUUGUCACCACUUUUCGUCGGCUCUGACCAUGACUAUGAGGCUGGCAUGACUCAGGCAAUUGGACGUGCCCGGCGAUUCGGGCAGACAAAGCACGUCCAUGUGUACCACUUGCUGGUGAAAAACACGUACGACAUCAACAUCUUCCAGAGAGCACGAUCAAGCAAACUUGUCGAGCGCGAAGGUGUCCCCGUUCUGGUGCCGGAAGAUGCGGUUUUACCAGAUGACAUCACGUACGAAGGGGAGGAGUUGCCUGAAUCAGCUACCUGA